GGCAAGACUUUGUUCGCUCUCCCCUACGCCUCCGCCACCGUCGACCAAGCAGACGUCAAUUUUGAACUUUACAGUGUCCACAUCCACACCCAAAUUCGAAUAUUCAAAGAGCGCCCGAGUUCUGACAACAGCAAUGCAUCACCUAAGAAAUUCAUUAAUAAUCUCGGCAAGCUAACCCCAUCUAUCUCUAAUCUCUGCGUUUAAUCGUCAGAGAUGUUGAAAAUUCCAGGGGAGAUGGAUCGGCGAGCCGGUACUCGGGCCGGUAUUGAAUUAGGGCGCUCGGAUCCCAAUUAUUGUUGGGAAUUUUGAAUUUUCUUCGUUGUCAAUAUAAAAUUUGCAAUUUUUUAUGGUUUGCAAAUAUUUUAAUGCCGAUCGGUGGGGCCGAUGCGGGUGAAUCGCUUUCCGGCUCGUUUGAAUGGGGAUUUUGGGCAUUGACCAGCUACUUCUGCAGCUACUGUUGCUUCUUCCUCAUUUCCAUGGACCUGUUGUUAUUUCCUCCCUUCGUCUUCUUCUUCUUCGGCUCUAAUUUCAAGGGCCUCGUCCCCAGUAGAGUUGAUGGUGGCUGAGAGAUAGAUAGAUUUGUCUCAAAUGGGAAAUUGCUGUGGAAGAUCUGCAUCUGCCAGACUCGCUCAUGCUUCAUCUACCCUGUUUUCUGGGAGUACAAAAUCUCCUGGUGAGGGAAAGCAGGAUUUAACUCCUUCUAGUCUGCAAACAUCUUCGGGAAGUUUGAACAAAUCUCUAAUAGCAUCCAAAAGUGAUGUAUCUAUCUGCAACCUCAAGUCCUUCAGUUUCAGUGAUCUCAAGAAUGCCAGUAAAAACUUCCGGUCAGAAAGUUUUCUGGGUGAAGGAGGGUUUGGGUGUGUAUUCAAAGGAUGGAUUGACGAGAACACAUUGGCACCCACCAAACCAGGGACCGGAAUUGUGGUGGCCAUCAAGAAACUGAAGACAGAAAGCUUCCAAGGCCACAAGGAAUGGCUUGCCGAGGUCAACUACUUGGGUCAGCUUCACCAUGAGAAUCUUGUGAAACUCAUUGGGUAUUGCUCAGAAUCUGACAACAGGCUUUUAGUUUAUGAGUUCAUGCCAAAAGGAAGUCUGGAAAAUCAUUUAUUCAGAAAAGGUGUUCAACCUCUACCUUGGCCUACAAGGAUGAGUAUUGCAGUUGAUGUGGCGAGGGGAUUAUCCUUCUUACAUGGUUUAGAUGCCAACGUAAUCUACCGGGAUUUAAAGGCGUCUAAUAUUCUACUUGAUUCGGAUUUCGGAGCAAAGCUUUCAGAUUUUGGCUUAGCUAGGGAUGGUCCUACUGGGGAUAAGACUCAUGUUUCGACCAAAGUCGUUGGAACUCGAGGUUACGCUGCUCCAGAAUAUAUUGCCACAGGUCAUUUAACGCCAAAGAGUGACGUAUACAGCUUUGGGGUAGUCUUGCUAGAGCUACUGUCAGGAAGACGGGCACUGGACGAUGACAGAACUGGUGGCAUUGGAGAAACACUUGUUGAUUGGGCCAAGCCAUUCCUAAGUGACAGGCGCGUUUUCAGAAUUAUGGACACAAGGUUGGGGGGGCAAUACUCAAAGAAAGGAGCACAAGCUGCCGCUGCACUUGCUCUGCAAUGCCUCCACACAGAUCCAAAGUAUAGGCCAGCAAUGAUAGAUGUGCUAGCCCAGUUGGAACGACUCCACACAUCGAAAGACGUUGCAAGGACACCCCAAGCUAAUGCAGAGCAUCACGGGAUCAGGCAGUUGAGUUUGCCUCAAAGCGCAACAGCUGCUGCACCUACCAACUAGGUAGGCAUAAUUUUGAAUUUUCUUGGUACGCAGAGUUCUCCCUUAGAAUGGAAUGCAUUUGGUUUCUCCCUUAGAAUGGAAUGAAAAAUGAGCUUGGUGCUGUGUCCAAAAAAUUGUACAAAGUAUGCUUCCUAUAUAUAUAUAUUGAAAUGGAAAUCAAGAAUAGAAUUCAUUAUA